CCAAAACAACGUGGGAAGGAAAGUGCAUUUUGUCUACAAAACGACUGUUAACAUUGGAUUACGACGCUUACAUCACUAUUAUCGUCUGAUUGAAGAUGUCAGAAAGUUUGAAAAGAAAGAGAGACGAAUCCAGUGUUGCAGCAGAUUUUGACGGUGCAACAAAGAAAUCUAACCUCGAUUCAAAAUUGUCGAAUUUCUUGAGAUGGUGUAAGGAUGAAAAUCUAGAUAUAAGUCCAAAGGUAGAGGUUAGUAAGACUGGAUCGUGUGCGCAGUAUGGUAUGAUUGCCACUAAAGAUAUCGCCAAGGGAGAGUGUUUAUUUGAGAUUCCUCGAGCACUCCUUCUAGCCCCAGAUACAAGUAAAAUUGCAGAUAUAUUGGAAAAGGAAUCUGAUACAAUCAAGAGCAAGAGCAACUGGGUACCACUACUGUUAACUCUCUGUCACGAGUCAUCUAUUCCCGACUCAAAAUGGCGACCAUAUUUGGAAAUUGUUCCCGAUUUUGAUGAGCUUGACCUGCCAAUGUUCUGGCCAAUGAAUGAUGUGGAGGCUGAGUUGCAGGGAACAGGAGUAAUUAGUGCUGUCAAAACUGACAUUGAUAAUAUCAACAAUGAGUUUAACAACAUAGUGCUGCCAUUCAUGAAGAGGCAUGCAGAGUUGUUUCCGGACAAAAUUCAGAAUCUAGAUUUCUACAAGAAAAUGGUGGCAUUUGUAAUGGCGUACAGUUUCACUGAACCAACCAAUCAGAAUGAAGAUGAGGAAAAUGAAGAGGAGGGAGCAGAUCCUCCCCCGAUGAUGGUCCCGAUGGCAGACAUUUUGAACCAUAUUGCAAAGAAUAAUGCUGAGUUGCAUUUUGGGAAGGAAUCUUUAACAAUGGAUGCUACAAUGGAUAUUCCACAGGGAGGGGAGGUGUUUAACACAUAUGGAACCCUAUCUAACAGCCAGCUUCUACACAUGUAUGGAUUCGCAGAGGCCCCUAGGAAUAACCACUAUGACACUGUGGAGAUUUAUCCAGACUGCUUCUCACAAGCAUUGAAAGUGAUAGAGAAUGACUCUAACCCCAAUGUUGAACUAACACACAUUCAAGAGAGACUUGAGUUUCUUAAAGGACAAGGUAUUAUCCAGGAACAAGCAGUGUUAUGUGUUAUAGGACCAGAAGGGGUAUUGAAUGACGAUGAAAUGUGCCACAUAUUAAAGAUUAUUACAAUGGACUAUGCAAAUUAUGGAGAAUAUAAAGCCGUGCUAGAUAGUGGAGAUGAUUGGAUGGAGGAUGAUGGCCCAGAAGAAUUAAACAAUGGGGACAUUCCAGGUCUUCCUUUGUCAUAUCGAUGUAUCCUUUAUCAAUUGCUAAAGGCACAUGCUGAGAAAUACAAAAGCUCUCUAGAAAAGGAGGUGGAACAAUAUGAGAGCUCUUCAAAUAAAGAGACUGAUCAGACCAGCACCAGACAGAAAUUGAGCCAUUUUGUGAGGGUAGGACAGCUUCACUUGCUACAUGGUUUCAUGAAAUUAUGUAAAAUAUAAUUU